CUGGGUUAGCGGGGUAGUGCGGGGAAGGGAACUCCGUUCCCGAGCCUUAGUUUCCCGGUCUGGAGGGCGCAAGAACGUGAUCCCGUAGGGCUUGCUCAAAAAGGGGAGGAAACCGAGCGGCGGCAGUGUGGCAUGCUUAGCUCCUUUGUGUGUUUUGUCAGUCGUCUGAGACCGCGUCUCCGGUAGCCCACACCCAGGCUGGCCUGGAGCUCCCUGUGUCAUCGAGGCUGCAGCACUUUCCAGAAUGGCUUCCACAAGAAGGCUCAUUGGCCCUCCUCGUGGUGUUUUUGACUUCAGUGAUAUGUUCUUAGAGGACUCACGGAUGGAAGACAUAAGAAACAUACAAGCCCAAAGUCUUGGCCAAGUGACACCCGGGCAGAACCGAAUCCUAAAGAGAAACCAAAGGAUGGAUGAGAAAUAUUUGAUGUCCAAAGAGGAGGCCAUGCUAGGGAAGGGGCCAAGGUUGGGCUUGAGGCCUCCCACCAUCACCUCCAAAACCAGAGCCAAUGAGGCCCUUAGGAAGCUGGCCCAGAUUGAAACCAAGAUCCGGAGUCGGAAGCAGACAUCCAUGGCUUUGUCUGACACAGAGUCUGACUCGAAGACCACAGAGCUGCAUCUUCCAAAGGGGAAAGAUGCAGCAUCUGCAGCUCCUUCUGAACAUCCACACAGAACCUUCCAGAAACAAGUCUGUAAAACCCCCACAACAAAGAGCAAUGGGCAAAAUGGGAAAGGUAGCAGGUUUCUUAAGAAGAAAGAGCCAUCCAUUGAGGCUAGGUCCCCGGUGCCCACAGUGGAGAAAGGGAAGCACAUCCCACCACCCAGGCAGAAAGAACCUGCUAGAAAAUGUGAUGCUCCCGACAGUGAUGAAGAGGAAAUUAAAGCAUUGCUUGGAAGCUUGAUGGACUCUUCUAGAGAAGAAGAAACAAAUAGGAAUCACCAGCUCACCAGCACCAAAGUCAGCAUGAUUGACCAUGGAAAAUUGUCUUCGGAUCAGACUUCAACUCAGCCAGGAGUCCCAUCUCUGCUCAGUGUGGACUGUUCCAGCUCAAAGCCUUCUCGUCUCUUCUAUCGGCUCGACUCCCCAUGGACUCUCAACACUGGAGACACAGUCUCCCUCACAUCCUCACCUUCCGUCACAAAUGACCUUUCAAAAUCAGCAUCUUCAAAGAUGGGGUGCAUCAAGCUGGCAUCCUCCCCCAGCAGGAGCGAGGGAAGGUCUUCAGAGGAGCCAGUCUCAGAAGCUGCUGAUGACAGCCUCCAUGAUUUUAGAAUUAAUAUUUUGUCCAUUGAUGACCUGGUACUGGCUGAUGGAGAGAAAUCAGAUGUGGAACAGAAAGAGGAAGGUUCUGGAUGGGAAGGGAUGUCAGGCAGAGGCUCUCCACCCAUGUCAUCCUCUCGACUGGAAGAACAGGGGCCUCCCCAGCACAAGAGCUCUGCACUUGAGGGCACGGCCACCGCGGUUGCUGAUGAGGAGGGUCUCGCCACUGAGGUCUCAGAGCAUCUGGCUGACAGCUCCGCUGAAACUGUGCAGUCUCACAGCAUGUCCUGCAUGCAGUUUGUGGAGGCUCUCACUGCACUCACGGCCAGCCCAGCUUACUCUGAGGAUUUUGAGCCAUCCUCUAGAUCCUUGGCCUCAGAGGCAUCACUCGGCAGGACACAGGACACUUUGUCACAGUAUUCUUCCAGGGGGCAGACAGGUCUUCUUUCCAGACGAUCCCUAUCGAGGACACAGUGGGGCCAAGGGGUGACGAGAGUCGUGAAGGAGACAGCUGUGCAGACGCUUGAUCCUGCCUUUGUCUACCAGUGGAGCAAGGCUGGAGGCAUGGCGGCCAUUGGCCCCACCCUUGGAGGCGCCUAUGUGGACCCAGCACCCAUCGCCAGUCACGUUGUCAGUGCAGAUGCUAUAGAAGCCCUGACAGCCUACAGCCCUGCGGUGUUGGCGCUGAAUGACAUGCUGAAGCAACAGCUGAGCCUGACACAGCAGUUCACCGAGGCCAGCCGCCAUCUGCACAUGUCCCUCCUACAGUCCCUGGAUGGGGACUCAUUUCACUACCACACCCUGGAGGAAACCAAAGAGUACAUCAGGUGUCACAGACCCGCACCCCUGACCAUGGAGGCUGCCCUUCAGGAGGUGAAGGAGGAGCUUAAGUCCUAGCAGCCCCCAUCUACACAGUGGCUACCAUGCAGACCCACCAUGCGGACAGCUGACGACCUGCUACAGGCUAUUCAUAGCGGGACAGAGGUAUGAGUCAGCGCAAGUCAGGCAUCUGCAUCAUUCACAAGAGGACCAGCUGCCCCACGGGAACAUUCCAUGCCAGGUACUGAGACAGGUCUUUUGAGCAUGGUGUCCGACACAGCCUGCGUCUACCCAAGAGCAGCCUGCGCAAUGCCCACGUGCACCUCACCCACAGAUGGACGACGUGAUCUUUUACAAAAGGCUUUAUUUGAAGGCAAAACAGUAAAAUCCACAAUCAGUUGUUAACA